UGAAGUAAAUUCGUUUCUUCACAGACCCCAAAGGAAGGCUAUCAGCCAUGGCAAACUUGAGUUUCCCUUCACCAUAUUUACUUGUCCUAACUCUUCUCCUCCUCUUUUUUCUAAUCUACAUCUCUCCCUUAAACCACAACCGCCUCACUCUCCACCCAUCACCACCUACCAACCAUGAAAUUCCAACAAAACUCCCACCUGCACCCUCUUCCACCGCUGCAGCUAACAGCGUUUCCAACCAUGUCAAGAGGAAGAAUAAAACGGAGAGGAUUGAAGAAGAGUUGGCUAGAGCGCGAGCGGCUAUUCAGAAAGCUAUUUGUACAAAAAACUAUACUUCUGACAGAGAGGAAACGUACAUUCCCAAAGGAAGCAUUUACAGAAAUGCAUAUGCUUUUCAUCAGAGCCAUAUAGAGAUGGUGAAGAGCUUCAAGGUAUGGGCGUACAGGGAAGGAGAGCGACCCCUAGUACACAGUGGGCCAAUGAGUUAUAUUUAUUCCAUUGAGGGCCAAUUCAUCGAUGAGAUGGAAAGUGAAAAGAGCCACUUCAUGGCUCGCCAUCCUAGUGAAGCACAUGCAUUUUUCCUACCAAUAAGUAUUACCAAAGUUGUUGACUUCUUUUAUAGGGCUGACCCCUUUCACUUUCCAAUGCUGCCAAUCUUCACAGAUUAUGUCAAUGUAGUAGCAAAGAAAUACCCCUACUGGAAUAGAAGCCAUGGAGCAGACCAUUUCAUGGUCUCUUGUCAUGAUUGGGCACCAGAAGUCAUAAAAGAGAAGCAAGAGUACUUUAAGCACUUCAUAAGAGUGUUAUGCAAUGCCAACACAUCUGAAGGAUUCAUACCCACAAGAGAUGUCUCAUUGCCAGAAUUUAACUUAAAAGGUUACCCUGAGUAUAGCCUUGGUCCUCAACGCAUUGGCCUACCUCCAAGUAAGCGCACGAUCCUUGCCUUCUUCUCUGGGGCUGCGCAUGGAGACAUUAGAAAACGUUUGUUUGAGCAUUGGAAAGAUAAAGAUAGUGAAGUUCAAGUAUAUGAGGGAAUUCCCAAAGGGAAAAACUAUCACAAAAUUAUGUCAGAAGCCAAAUUUUGCUUGUGCCCAAGUGGGUCAGAAGUAGCGAGUCCUAGAGUGGUGGAAGCAAUGUAUCAAAAUUGUGUCCCCGUGAUUAUUUCUGAUUACUAUACAUUACCUUUUAGUGAAGUUCUUGAUUGGAGCAAAUUUGCAGUAUUUAUUCCUCCAAAACAAAUACCAGAAAUUAAGACGAUUCUUAGAGGAAUUUCACAAAAAAGGUACUUGACAUUGCAGAAGAGAGUGACACAAGUUGCAAGACAUUUUGUGUUGAACCGACCAGCAAAACCCUUUGAUGUAUAUCAUAUGGUGCUCCAUUCAGUGUGGCUUAGAAGGCUUAACAUUCAGCUACCGUUGAAUAUUUUUUGAUUAGUAAUGUAUACAAAUUUUAAUGAUUGAUACCUUGCAUAAUUGUUUUUUUAUUUUUAAGAGUACAUCGUUGUAAUUGAACGUAAAUGUAUUUGGUUUUUAGGCGCACCGCAUCUAUUGGUGCUGGCAGAGAUGUAUAUUCUGUCUCUUUGGUAAAUUUAUUAGGCUCGGAUGUGCUGUUUUUCUUUGUGCCCAAAAAUAAAAAUAGAAAGCAGAUACAAGCAUCAAUUGAACUGCUA